AUGGGUAAAUUUCACCUUUCUUUUUCAUCUAUUUUUAAAGUUAAAGCACUUUAUCUUUGCCUUACGUUAAAUGAUUAUAAACAAAUUAACAUUGUCAGUUAUGGUGCUUAUUACUAUUUUCUUGUAAAAAUCUUAUAUAAAAGUACUAUUGCUCAUAUAAUACCAGCAUUUACAAUAUUUUAUCUUAUUAUAAUAAGUGGUCUUAUAUCACUUCAAUACAUUGAUGGAGUUAACUAUAUUAGCAUUUUUGAAUAUAUCUCACCAAGUAGUUCUGAUAGUCCAUGUGCAUGCGAAAUUGAAAUGAUUGAUAGGUGGAUGAAAUCCCCAUCUAUAAAAUUUGAAAAAUUUGUUGACCAUGAAAACCCUUAUUUAUCAAGUAUUCAAUUAUCUGAUGAACUUAACUCUUUGAAUUUCGCUGAAGUAGUCUAUCAUCUCGCUUUUCAAAAAUUUUUUGUAUUUAAAGAAAAUUUGGCAGAGAAAAAUACACAUAAUAUCACAGUUAUAGAUGAAUAA